UGGCCAAGUGGGAUUUUGCGACCAUGUUGAUGUUUACUGUUUACAUUCCGUUUUUUACCUUCCAUUUGCAUUUUUUACAGUAACCUUAUUUUGUCGUGAUUAUUAUCGCGUGCCUAAUAAGUGUCUGUCUGACUUCAUCAUCAUGCAGCUCUUUCGCAAUCGAUCUCAUUAUUUAAUUAUCGAUGGCGAACAUUGUUUGUGGUGCAGUCGAUUUGAUGGGAGUUUAGAAGCUAAAUCAGCAGCAUCUUCAAUUAACGAUGCGAAAUCGUUGGAUUUCUUGUGCAAUGUGGAAGGAGUCAUUGGGAAGAUACAAUUAUUCCCUGAUAGUGAACCAAAGCUGGUGGUAAUUCUGGCUAAAUCCACCGCGGCACAAAUUGCUUGCGAGCACAACAUCUACCGAAUUGAGAGAAUUGGACUGCUCCCGCUAUCUCCUACAGACCCACCGGAAGGGGACCGGAUACUGUUUUCAGGGCAUUUCGAUAUUGAUUCCUCCGAGUCAUCGGGACGAUCCAGUGAAAGCCUUUCAGAAUCUAAUCUAAUCAGCGUGAAUAGAGGCGUACAAAAAACUCUCAAAACCUUGCGACAGGCGACAAAUUUUAACAUUGGUUUGCGACAAAACAGAAAGGAUCGGUCGGAUCGUGAGAAACUGGAGCGGCGGAUAUUAGAGGAUAUCCUAAAGAUGUUUAAUGAAUCCCAGUCGUUUUAUUAUUCGUUGGCAUGGGACCUGACUAACAGUAUGCAGCGCCUAUUCAAACAGCGCAAACACAAAUCGAGCGCAUCGGAGCCGGCUGCUGGGCGUCCCUCCUGGCAUGCUGCGGAUGACCGUUUCUUUUGGAAUCGUGAUUUAUGGAAAGACUUGUUGACAAACGGAAAUAUGGAAAGCGAUCACUGGAUCGUGCCCAUCAUCCAAGGCUACGUGCAGAUGGAGAAAUUAGAUAUUGAUUUGGAUUCCUUUGACAGCGGAGGCCAACUGCAUAGUCCCCUGGGAGAAUAUUGCGCACCGGUCAGCUGUCGGCUGAUGCUAAUAUCCAGACGGAGCCGAUUCCGUGCGGGUACGCGCUAUAAACGUCGGGGGAUCGACGACAAAGGCAAUUGUGCUAAUUUUGUGGAAACCGAACAGGUGCUGGAAAUUAUGGGACAUUGUUUGUCUUUCGUCCAAGUUAGAGGCUCGAUACCGGUUUAUUGGAGUCAACCUGGCAUGCGUUAUCGGCCGGCUGCACGUUUGGAUCGAACGGAAAAGGACAGUCAUACAGCUUUGACUGAGCACUUCACAGAGCAAAUGAAGCUUUAUAAGCAUCAGGUGCUGAUCAACCUUGUGGAACAAACCGGAAGGGAAAAGAUUCUGGCUGAUGCUUAUUUGCAAGGAAUCAAGGCAUACGACAGUGAGAAUCUUGUUUAUGUCAGCUUCGAUUUUCACGACUAUUGUCGUGGUUUGAAGUUGGAAAACAUUGGAGUUUUAAUUGAAAGCCUACAAGAAAUCUUUCAAGGAAUGCGUUUUUUCUGGUGUAAAGUUCUCAAUGUGCGUGACGCUACGGACGAACAAAUCAUGUGUCAACAGCGAAGUGUAUUUCGUGUCAACUGCGUCGAUUGUCUGGACCGCACCAACGUGAUUCAGGCAUCUUUGGCCCGUUUUGUUCUGGAAACACAGCUGCGAAAAAUGGGCCUCCUGUUGCCGGAUAGUGAAUUCUCAUCAGAUUUUAAGCAGAAACUCCAAAUAAUCUGGGCGAAUAAUGGAGACAUUGUAAGCCGGCAAUAUGCGGGGACAUCGGCUCUGAAGGGAGAUUUCACGCGGACGGGCGAGCGAAAAUUUACUGGCCUGAUGAAAGAUGGCUAUACAUCAGCGAAUCGAUAUUAUCUAAAUCAGUUUAAAGAUGCUUAUCGCCAAGCAGCCGUGGAUGCGAGUUUGGGAAAAUUCUUCCAGGAAGAAAGUAUUUUGGUUCCUGGUUUGUCUACCUCAGUAGAUCCAUCGGAGUUCGACCGCGUAAAACAGCUGGUGGAUGACUGUAAACGUAUUCUGAUACCUGAGACCGAAAUUGCUCUGGGUGGAUGGCCGAUGGUUGAUGCUGAUUCGCGGACUGGUGAUCCAGCUCGACAAGAUAUGGAUACAGUAUUACUGCUCAGCACUCAAGCCUAUUAUAUCGGAGAAUAUAGUGACGAAAGCGAUCAGCUGGUUGGUUAUCAGAAGGUUCCAUUAUGUGAAAUCGAGAACAUCGAAAUAGGCUCAGAAAUGUCCAUGUUCAAAACCGGGCGUACCAUCAUGCGAAUAAAUUACCGCGUUGGAGAAGUGUCUGGAUACUGUCAUAAUCUAGGCACGGCCGGGUUGCGGUUUUUCAACAAUAUGAUCAUGCCGCUGAGAACAAAUGACGAAUGUAUCGAAAUGCUCCGAUCAAUUGGGGAAUCCUUUCGUAUGGCUUUGGAGUCGCAGUUUGAUAUUGCGAUCCCGGUCAUGUACGGGCCCCUUCAGAAGAAAGUGACCAAACCGCCUCCGAAAGAAGCAGCCCCUCACGAAGCCGAAGGCGGCAUUUUUACUGCCGCUCGUGCUGUUCCUUCCAGUGCCAACCUCCAUAAACCCCAUAUAAAUGAUCUCUUUUCGGUGAUGAAAAAUAAGUUGGCUGGAUUUAAUCCUAUGCACAGAUUGCAUCUAGCGCAACGGGAUUCCCGGCAUCAGGGCGCUACAUCGGUAGCGUUUUCCAAAAACGAGGGCAGAUUAGAUGUGUUACCCUCCAUUAAUAUCUUGUCACCUACAACAUCUCCAGCUGUUUCGGAGGGAACAACCAGUGAAAGGAGUGAAUCGGGAGGAGAAUCAGCUGGUACAUCGCCUCUGCCGGAUCGAAAAACAAUAGCCAGUAUUAUGGAUAGUUGUGGGAUGGGCUUCCCCGAACUCAUCUCAACACCGAAUUUCGAUACCUCCGCCGCAUCUCCUACUGGAAGACGACAUUCCCAUGAUUCUCAUGAAAAACUGCUGGAUUUAGACACACCGCGGCGGUUGUCAAUGAAGCAGCGUCAUCAUUCCCGCUCGUCGGAAGCUCUGGAACACACUUUGCUCGAUCUACGGUCGCCGUUGAUCUUGAGCGCAUCACCCAGUAUCAAAGCUUUCCACGACGAAACCGAAGGUGAUGUGCCAGUCUCCGUUGACAACGUUACUGUCGUGGACGACGAAGAAGCUCCGGCGUCUGUGGCGUUUCAUAUCAACGAAGCCGACUCGGAUGAUGAAUUACGACUAGUCAGUGGAUCUCCCAAUGCUACCAAUGAUAACUUAGCUCUCUCAUCGGAACUAGCCCCAAAUUCUAAGUCAAAUCGAACUUGCCGCACGAGAAUAAUAGCGCUAUAACAGGCAGUCUGUGAUAAACAUUACCAAUGUUGAAUAUUUGACGCCACUUUGUAUGAGAAUUCUGCACUUCCUUUAUUACUGUGCAUUAUUAAAAUCCGGUGCGACUGCAUAAAAUUGUUGUAAUUUGUUUGAAUAAUGAUUUCAUUUGAAGCAACAUUCGUCACUGUUUUUGUAAAUUUUUGGUCAA